AACUCCCCACUACAACUUAACACUCGGCCAGGCUGCCUGCCGUUCUUCUGUCACACUCCUUGCCCCGCGCACUAUGGCACCGUAACCCCUAUGGCACUGAGCGCACCUGACUGGACGUUAGAUAUCAGUGACAAGAUUCAGACGGAAUAUGAGAGUCCAUAGCAACCCGAGGCGCCGCUCGAACCGGAGCACGGAGGCAGAGCGCUCUCAGGGCCACAGUGAGGGCUGAGGAGGCCUCUGCCCCCUUGAUCUCCAUGCAGGUGAACAGUGAUGGACACAACAUCUCACCCAGCGCUACAUUCAGUAGAUGAUGUUCCCGCUCCUGAACACACAGUGGUCACCGUGGAGAUGGCUAUCCUUACCGUCUUCCUCACCGUCAUCAUUAUCAUGACUGUCUUGGGGAACCUGCUAGUGAUGGUGGCACUCUGCAAGGACAGGCACCUGCGGAAGAAGAAAACCAACUACUUCAUUGUGUCUCUGGCGUUUGCCGACCUGCUGGUGGCUCUGCUGGUGAUGCCGUUGGCGGCCGUGGAGUUGACCACGGGGGUGUGGAUCUACGGGGAGCUCUUCUGUCUGGUCAGGACGUCUCUGGACGUACUGCUCACUACGGCCUCCAUUCUGCACCUCUGCUGCAUCGCCCUGGACCGGUACUAUGCCAUCUGCUGCCAGCCGCUGGUGUACCGCCACAAGAUGACUCCCGUCAGGGUGGCGCUGAUGCUGGGAGGCUGCUGGUUCAUCCCCAUCUUCAUCUCUUUUCUACCCAUAAUGCAAAGCUGGAACACUAUUGGCAUUGAGGACAUUAUCCAGGAGCGACACCCCGCUGCGGGCAGCAACAGCACCAGCUGUGUGUUCAUGGUGAACCGUCCCUAUGCGCUGGUCUGCUCCGCCGUGGCCUUCUACGUGCCGCUCGGCCUCAUGGUCCUGGCCUACCAGCGCAUCUACGUCACCGCCAUGGGCCACGCCCGCCAGAUAGGCACCCUCCAGCGCGCGGGCUCCGCCCCCAAGCACUACCCCAGCCCCGCGGGCGCCGGCGAACAACCAUCGUCGAGCCGCAUGCGCGUGGAGACCAAAGCGGCCAAGACGCUGGCUGUUAUUAUGGGAUGUUUCUGCCUGUGCUGGGCGCCGUUCUUCGUCACCAACGUGGUGGACCCGUUUGUCCGGUACAGCGUGCCGUGGCAGGUGUGGACGGCCUGGCUGUGGUUGGGCUACAUCAACUCCGGGCUCAACCCCUUCCUGUACGCCUUCCUGAACCGCGCCUUCAGACGGGCCUUCCUGCUCAUCCUGUGCUGUGGGGACGAGCGCUACGCACGCCAAGGCAGCUACAGGCCCACCCGGCCCUGCCACCACUCCGUCAACGGCACCUCUCUCAGACUGUCAUUCCUGCCAAACCGCAGCUACAGUGAUAAUGGCAGCAGGAUCCUGGCCAAUGAACCAGAGUCCCUGGAUUCCCAGGGAGUUCCAUGAUGUCAUCACCUUCGUUGUCAGUGUGUGCGAUGACGACGUCGCCGGCUCUCUCUGCAUUCUUCCAGGCCAUCACACCGCGUACCCAGACUCCAAGGAGCAGGACCUGUGUGGCGAGCGUACCCAGACACCAAGGAGCAGGACCUGUGUGGCGAGCGUACCCAGACACCAAGGAGCAGGACCU